AUGGGUCGCCGCAGACCAGUCUUCCGUCUCACUUCCACGCCAACACCACUACACAAGACCUCACAAUCGCCCACCUCUCCACGCUCUCCUCUCUCACCACCUCCAAUUCCAGCACUACCCCGUCCCUCCACGCCAACCUCACCCUCCAGCACGACCAAUGGUCCCCUAACGCCCCCACUCCGCCUACACCUCCGAGCCAUCAUCCCAUCGCCCCCACUUCCCGCCGAAUACUUCAAGACCGCGCCUCCAUUCCCUUAUCCGUGGAUCUGGCGUUGUCACCUAUGUCGCAGCGUCUACCGCCUCGGCGUCACGCGCCGCUGUCUCGAAGACGGUCACUUCUUCUGCUCGCUGCCCUCCCUGCCGACACCAUCGCCAUCGCCACCGAGUCCCGACCUCCCAGCCGCAGUAGCAACGAAACCCGACGACAUCCUGUCCAUGCCUACGCUGUCUGGAACUCCGGACCCAGCGCUCGAACUCAAAGCCGCGUCCCGGAAAUCCCGAGCCCAGCGCCGGAAGAACAGGCGGCGGGCGGCGAGUCGCGGCUGCCACGCGGAAUUCGACUACGGCGGCUGGGCGGGGUACAAUACCUGGCGGGGCGAGGUGCGGCUUCUGAAGAGGGAGAGGAUGAGGAGGGCUGUCACGAGGAGUAGGACGAGGGUGAUGCGCGGUAUGGAUGGUGUUGAUGUGCGAGGAAAGGGGAGCGCGUGGGCGUCGGGGGACUGGGACUUGGAGCGUGGAUCUGGGCCCGGGCCUGAGCCUGGGCCUGGCAGAUCGGGAUUUGGUUCUGCGUGGGGGAGGAGAGGGCAAGGGUGGAGCAGUGGCGGGGGUAGGGAUUGCUGGCGCGACUGUAAUUUCCCGAGCGAGUGCCACCACGAGCGCAGGGAAGAGCGGCUGUGGGAGGCGAAGAUGAGGGAGGAGAGGCGGUGGGAGGAGAGCGAAGAGGAUCUCUCGGGAUCCGAGUCCGAGUCUGAGUCUGAGUCUGAGUCUCCGUCUUUGCGGGAGAGGGAGAGGAGGAGGAGCGAGGAUAAUUCCGUGCCCAUUGAUCUACUGACGGAGAGCGUGGCGUCCAUGGAGGAGGACUUUGAGAUGGGCUGUACUGGCGAUUACGAUGAGGAUAGCAACAGGGAUGGCGAUGAUGCGCGGGAUGCCCCCUCGGCUGAGAUUCGAGUCCGGAUGGAACUUGAGCGGGAGGAAGGAGUGGAUGCAGCGCCGGAGCUGGAGCUGGAUCUGGAGCGAGAGCCGACGCGGGAGCCGGAGCGGGAGCCGGAUAUCGAUUUUACGUGUAUGCGAGAGGCUGAGGCGGAGGAGGAUGAGGGGGGGAGAGUGGCGGUGGUGGCGCUGGGCCCGCUGGGUACCGACUGCGAUGGGCUCGGCGAGGCGGGUAUCCAGGAGUGCUAUACGCGGAGCGUGAGGCGGAAGAGUUUGGGGGGCUUGGGGGCCGAGGGGAGUCCGUCGAGUAGUCCGCUCAAGGAGGUGGCGUUUGGGUUUGAGGAUGUGAUUUGGGGUGGGAUGGGUUGUUAG